AUGAGUUGCAAUGGAUGUAGAGUUCUUCGAAAAGGUUGCAGCGAAACAUGCAUCCUUCGUCCUUGCCUUCAAUGGAUCGAAUCCGCCGAGUCACAAGGCCACGCCACCGUCUUCGUCGCUAAAUUCUUUGGCCGUGCCGGUCUCAUGUCUUUCAUCUCCGCCGUGCCUGAACUAAACCGCCCUGCUUUGUUUCAGUCGUUGUUGUUUGAAGCGUGUGGGAGGACGGUGAAUCCGGUUAACGGAGCGGUUGGUAUGUUAUGGACUGGGAACUGGCACGUGUGUCAAGCGGCGGUUGCAACUGUCCUUCGCGGUGGAACUUUACGACCGAUCUCAGAUCUCCUCGAGUCUCCGCCGCUGUUAUCCUCCGAUGAGAACAACCAUUUUCGUUUUUCCACCUCUAGAUCCAAGCAAUCUACGACGGAGAUGGAAGAAUCUCCGGUAAAUCGGAAACGGUUUAAGUGCGAACGGUCUACUUCGCAGCUGGAUCUCCAGUUAAACCACGGGACGGCUCUAGCUGCUGGUCCGGUUCCUUUUCUUCCUCCGCCGCCGUUUUGCAAGACGGUUAACGGUGAGUAUCCGGGAAGUCCGUCGGAAGAAUCUGUAACGACGUCGUGUUGGGAAAAUGGAAUCAGUGGCGAUAAAUACAGAAACAAAGGAGAGAGAAAGUUAUUAAACCUUUUUGUUUAA